AUAUGAAAUUUGACAUAUGGAAACUCGCUGAAUCUCACCUUGUAGAAUAUGGAAAACAAGAAGGAUUUUGUCUUCGUAAACGACGCCGCGUUCCUGAUCUAGUUGACAAUAGUAUAACCCGUCGCCGUACUUUUGAGUACUCUCAUGCAUGUACACAUGAAGCUAAAAAGACCAUUUUAACAGAGAAUAGAAGAGAUAGGGAAUCGGGGAUGAUUGAUUGUUCUUGGCACAUUAAUUUAUCAUUCCCUAAAACAGAAUAUAGAAUUAAAAUAAACACAAUUGUAGGUAAACACAACCAUCCAAUGAACCCUCUUAUUGUGGAAACAGCUCCAAGGUUUCAUUGUUUAACUGAUGAAAUGUGUGAAAAAAUUAAAUUCUGGACUGUUCAAGAAAGAUUAGGAAUGGCAAUACAGUAUAAUCUACUUUCCACAUUGUUUCCUGAUAAAAAGAUUAAUAAAAAAGAUCUAAGUAACACUAUACAAAAGUAUAAGAAACAGUUAAAGCCUCAAAAAAAUGAUGCAUGUCAAACUUUAGCUGAUUUACAAUUUGAAACUAAGUGGGCUAAGCUUAUUGAAGAAUAUCCUGUCUGUAAACAAUAUUUGACAUGUACUUUGUAUUCAUGCAAGGAAAGUUGGGCUAGCUUUGCAGGUAUUUUGCAAACUAUAUAUAUAGCAAUCGCAUAA